AUGUCAACGCUUGAUAAAUUAAAAGAAACAGGCACUGUAAUAGUGGUAGAUAGUGGUGAUUUUGAAAUUAUUGAUACAUAUAAACCAACUGAUUCAACAACAAAUCCAUCACUUAUUCUCGCAGCAAUAAAUAAAUCUACAUAUUCAAAAUUAAUAGAUACAGCGAUUGAAUAUGCAAAUAAACAAAAUUGCUCUAUUGACUCAAAAGUGGAUAUUGCUCUUGAUAGACUUCUCGUUGAGUUUGGUAAAGAAAUUUUAAAAAAGAUACCUGGACGUGUUUCUAUUGAAGUAGAUGCUUGUUUGAGUUUUGAUACCCAAGCAACAGUAGAAAAAGCUAUUUCUAUAAUUAAUCUUUUUGAAACUUUUGGAGUUUCCAAAGAACGAAUUCUUAUUAAAAUUGCAAGCACAUGGGAAGGAAUUCAAGCUGCUAAAAUUCUAGAGUCAGAAUAUAAUAUUCAUUGUAAUAUGACUCUUAUUUUUUCAUUUUGUCAAGCAGUAGCAUGUUUAGAAGCUGGUGUAACUCUUAUUUCUCCAUUCGUUGGACGAAUAUUGGAUUUUUAUGUAUCACUUACUCAUAAAACUUAUUCACCUCAAGAAGACCCUGGUGUUGCUUUUGUUACCAAAGUUUUUAAUUACUAUAAACAAAAAAAUUCUAAUACAGUUAUUAUGGGUGCAUCUUUUAGAAAUGUUGAUCAAAUCAAAGAAUUGGCGGGAUGUGAUUAUCUAACUAUAUCUCCCUCUCUUUUAGAAGAAUUAAAAAGUUCAAACGACCCUGUUAUUAAAAAACUUGAUGCUGGAAAUUUAAAAACAUUAACAGAAAUAGAAAAUAUUUCUUUUAUAAAUAACGAAUCAGCGUUUAGAUGGGAUUUUAAUAAUGACGUUAUGGCAGUUGAAAAAUUAUGCACAGGUAUUAAUAAAUUUCAUAGCGAUGGAAUUCUUCUUAAAGAAUUAUUAAAAAAGAAAUUUUAG